CGUGGUGCUGAUGGGAGGACUGAUGAUGCUCUCCGGCUCUGUGCAGCCGCUACUGCGCAUGUUGCAUGACAGGUACACGCAAGCCUCCAUCUUGGGCUUCCCGAGCUGAGGCGAAAGGGCAGCAGCAGCCAUAUACACACUAAUUCCAAAAUAACAACAAACGGGGCGCGGCAGUAAAAAAAAAAAAAAAAAGAAAAAAGAAAAGAAAACUGGCAAAUUGCCGAGAUGUAACUUUUUCUUGAAUCUCCUUUGAACAAUUUCCUCAGCGACGAAACAAGCGCGAGAGGAGGAUGGAUGAGAAAGACAGCGGCUGGUCUGGAAGGCUCCGUUAACGAUACUUGCACAGUCAGUUGAACUGGGUCUACUUUUUCUGAGGAAUUGACAGGUGACACAGCCGAGAGGCUUGACUCACACCAGAAUGGGAAUUAAGACGCUUGCCAUCUUUCUCCUCGUCCUCUCUCUUUGUUUAGAGGGAGCAUCUGCCAAAGAAAAGGGAACAAAGAAGGGGAAGAAGAAAGGGAAGCAGGUUUACUGUCCAUCACAGCUGUCACCCGAGGAUCUGGCUCGAGUCCCUGAAAAUUCAACCAGUAACAUCUUGAACAGGUUACUGAUCACCUAUGAUCCCAGAAUAAGGCCGAACUUCAAAGGAAUUCCUGUGGAAGACAGAGUGAACAUUUUCAUCAACAGUUUUGGCUCCAUCCAAGAAACAACCAUGGAUUACAGAGUCAACAUCUUCCUUCGGCAGCGGUGGAACGACCCCCGGCUGAAGCUACCUCAGGACUUCAAGUCUGAUUCUCUCACAGUUGAUCCAAAGAUGUUUAAAUGUCUCUGGAAACCGGACCUGUUCUUCGCUAAUGAGAAGAGCGCCAACUUUCACGACGUCACGCAGGAGAACAUCCUGCUCUUUAUCUUCCGUAAUGGAGACGUACUCAUCAGUAUGAGGUUAUCUGUCACUCUUUCUUGUCCGCUGGAUCUGACGUUGUUCCCGAUGGACACACAGAGGUGUAAAAUGCAACUUGAAAGCUUUGGCUACACCACAGACGACCUGCAGUUUAUGUGGCAGACUGGAGACCCGGUGCAAAUGGACGCCAUCGCUCUGCCACAGUUUGACAUCAGACAGGAAGACAUCGAUUAUGGGAACUGCACCAAAUUCUAUGAAGGAACAGGGUACUACACAUGUGUGGAGGUUAUCUUCACCCUAAGGCGACAGGUGGGCUUCUACAUGAUGGGUGUUUACGCCCCCACGCUGCUCAUCGUAGUCCUCUCCUGGCUCUCCUUCUGGAUCAACCCUGAUGCCAGUGCUGCUAGGGUCCCUUUGGGCAUCCUCUCAGUGCUCUCGCUGUCCUCCGAGUGCACCUCCCUGGCUUCCGAGUUGCCCAAAGUGUCCUACGUGAAGGCCAUCGACAUCUGGCUCAUUGCUUGCCUGCUGUUUGGUUUCGCCUCCCUGGUGGAGUACGCCGUGGUUCAAGUGAUGCUCAACAGCCCGAAGCGCAUUGAGGCUGAAAAGGCCAAGAUGGCAAUCAAGGAUAAGGCUGCGGGGAAGAUUCCUGCUGCCAAGAACAACACGGUCAACGGGACGGGAGGGACGCCACUUCAUGUCAGCACCUUACACGUGGCGGAGACUCGCUGCAAGAAGGUGUGCACCUCAAAAUCGGACCUGCGAACCAACGACUUCAGCAUCGUGGGCUCGCUCCCGCGGGACUUUGAGCUGUCGAACUUUGACUGCUACGGGAAGGCAGUCGAGAACGCCUGUGGUUCUGACAAAUCCCAUUCCAAGAACAAGAAGAAGAUCCCCCCUCCAAAACCAGUCAUCCCCUCAGCUGCCAAAAAAGUCGACCUGUACGCCCGAGCCCUCUUCCCCUUCACUUUCCUCUUCUUUAACGUGAUUUACUGGUCCACAUAUUUGUGAUAUCCUUGAAAUGAUCUCUUAUCACUGACCCCAAAAAAUCACUCGAGUGCUUUGAUGAUCUGAGCAUUUCACAAAGUUUUAAUACAAAGUGAAUAUUGAGGUAAAUUAAUUCUUAUCCAUUAAAAAUGUUUAUUUCAAUAAAUAUACACUAUGAAUUAUUAAUAGUACAUUUAUCUUUAUAUGAAGAAAUCUAAUCACCAUCAUUUGUGCAUCAGAACACUUUUAUCUUUCUUUACCUUAGAUGAAAAUAUUGCAUCUUGCAUUUGAAUACCUAAUUUAUUGAUAAUGGUUCUCGAGAGGUUAAUACAGGACUGCAGAUCUAACCGUUCAGAUGAAUGGUGAGUGAACAAAUCCACUAAGAUUGAUUGUGUGAUGAGCGAGACGAUGCACAGAUCUAUAAAAGAGCAUUUGUAAAUAGCUGUUUGAUUUUGUUGCCCUUGUUGAGCAUUUGAGUUCAUCUAAAAGUUUAAUGAGUUAAAGCAUAUUUUAUUUACGCUAUAAUGCAAAGUGUAACACUGUGAGUACCUUGCAUGUUAAAGAAAUGCAUGUUUAUGGAGAAAAAUCAAAAAAAUAUAUAUUAAGUAUUUAUUAAAUUUGAAUCCUCUUAUGCGUUGCUCUUGAGAUGAUGAUGAUGAAGAUACGUGAAACACCCAGAUGGUCAUGUGACACUGCCACACUUCUUACAAAUGUGAUGCUUGAAAUACUGCUCCUGUUCAGAUGGUUAUGUGACACUGCCACUCCAAUCAAAUGUAACAUUUGACAUCUCCCACCUUGUGUAAAUUGGUCGCCUGUGAGGGGCGACCAUGUGUUUGUGAAGUUUACAAGUGACGAAAAUUACUGAUUAAAUGACUUUUCACUACUUUCUGUGAUUAAAAUCAAACUUGGAUUUGAA